CAAAGAUGGCAGACUUUUCAUAUUAGACAGCACAACAAAAUCUUGCAAGGUUUUGUCAGACGUGAUCAUUUCUUAAAAUUUUGGGCGAAGAAAUGCAUAGAUUGGUGCAGAGAAAGAUAUGAAAUCAAGUUACAAUCAAUAGGAAUAAAUAAAGAGUGAAACAUGGAGCUGGAUGAGAGACUGCGGUGGAUAGAGACCAGGGUGACAUCGUCCCUCAAACCUCGAGCAGAGGAGCUUAAGCAUAUGUUCACCAAUGAAAAGAGCAGGGAGGCUAUGUUUGAAUUUUGCAACAAUGAAGAGAUGAAGAAGUUGUUUAUAUACUACUCAACAUCUCCUGCUGGCAAAAAUCUCAUGGCAUCGCUUACUCCACCCAGCGGCUCAAAGGAAAAGUCUGUUUACUUUGUCAAGAACAAUGAAGCAGGGAAACUCUCCAGAGAUAAGAUAGUCACAGAUGUUGCCUUCUGCGACUGUUCAUAUCAACCACUUACCCAUGCAAGUACUCUGACAAAGGAUGUGUUCUUGCCGCUGUUAAGUAUUGAGAUGGGUGGAGGUGUGAGUGCCGACAAACUUAUGGACCUAGUCCACAGGCUGGUUUCAGUCUUGCAAGUUUCUGAGGGCAGUUCAAAAGAUCAGGUCACUUUACCGCUACCAUCAAUUGAGGUGUUGUCAGAGGCAGCCGCAUACAGUAGUAGACGACCUGCGGUCAUUCAUGUGCUGGAGACAGCUGUGGUUAAUUGGAUAAAACAGAUCAAGGUUACUCUGAAGCUAGACCCAGAGAUUGAAAUAAAAAAGUUUGGUCCAAAACCAGGUCCACUGGAUGAAAUACAGAUGUGGUCAGAGCGACUGGAGAAGAUCACAUCUGUGAGUGAGCAGCUGUGUUCACAUGUUGCACUCAAUAUCAUGAUGAAUCUGGAAGAUGCUCACAGUACAUAUGCACAAUCUUUUCACCUUGUCAAGAGAGAAAUUGCAAAGGCUGAAGCAGAGACCAAUGAUAACCUGCAGUUUCUGAGUACUCUCUUACCUUGGUUUGAGAAGCUUCAUUAUGCAACCAAGUCUGCUGAUAUGGUGUCUGUUUUCCCCCCCUUAGUGCAUACUCUCUUUCUUGUUUGGGUUCACUCAAGGUAUUAUCAUGACAACAGAAAUUUCAUGAGACUACUGACCAUGUUGUCAAAUGAAGUUGUUGCUCGAGCAAGGCAGCUGGUCGGAGAACAUGUGCUGGAAAAUCUCUUAGCAUCUUACACCAAUUUGAAGGAUGCCUUGCGAGUAUGUGCUGCAUUCCGAGGUUGUUACUUGGAUAAAAAGGACAGAGCUGAUGACACAAAUCAACAAAGAUUAUCUGAACAGUCAGGAACUAAUAGGGACAGUGGAGGUAUUGUGUGGUACAGCAAACUGUACAACAACAGCCUAACCCCCAGAAAUACAAAGAUGUUUCAUCGACGAAACAGCCUCUCGGAAAGUAACAGUGGUUUUGAUACUCUAGAACUGUGGACUGACUCUCCUUGGCCUCCUCGAAACAAUGCGUGUUUUACAUCGCUAAACAACUUCAUGGAGCGCUGUAAUGAUGUACUGGAACUCGUUCAGACAACUCAACAUUUUGAGUUGUUGACAUGGACAGCUCAAGUGGGUGGUGCUGGCGGCAACAGUUUGGACAUUCAAGUGAGGGAGAUCCAUCGCAAAUUUCAAGAGGGUGUUCGUUCUUUUCAGCAGAUGCCACAUGAUGUGUUGAAUGCAAGUGAAACACAGGAGUUUGAAAGAGAAUUUUUCGCCUUCCGUUCUGUAACCAGGGAUUUAGAGUACAACCUGGCCGAUGUGAUGAGACAAAGUUUUAAGCAAUGUUGGGACACAAGAGCCAAACUGAGGCUUCUGGAAGUCUUUGAAGGAAUCAGUGGACGAGAACUUGUUCAGACAAAUCUGAAGGUUCUAUUUACUGCUUUGGUGCAUGGUUUCACUCAAGAGUUACUGGACAUGAGGGUAUUCUUGGAGUUUCAUAUGGAUUCCCCUCCAACUUAUCCUCAUCUCCCUCCAAUUUCGAACAAGUUGCUUUGGCUACGAGGACUCAAAAUACACAUACAGGAGCCCAUGUCUCGACUGCAUCGUGUCUCCCCAGCUUCGCUCAAGGGUGACGAUGGAUGGCGUCUAAGAGAUACAUACUCAGAUCUAAUAAAAGACAUUGAAAGGUGCGAAGCAGAUACUAUUCGCCAAUGGCAAAGCACAAUGGAGCCUGAGUUAAGGACCAAAUUAAAGCAGCCUCUUUUGAUCGCGGAACCUGCAAGUGAGGGAAGCAAACUCACUUUACACGUGAACUUUGAUCCAGAGUUGAUGCUUCUAUUACGAGAGGUGCAUUACUUAGGAGGAGAGCCUUUCCUGACUCGUCUUCCUGACCCCGUCCGAGUGCUGCUGAGAUCAACAGAUGAUAGUCUUCUGAGGUCCACUGCUACGAGACUUGAAACUAUUGUGACACGUUACAAUUCUGUGAUGGCAAACAUAAAGGAGUUCGAGAGGCCUUUGUUCGAGAGGAAGCUUGCGAAAAUUGAUGAGGUAAACCAUGAAGUAGUUGCUAGUGGUGUGUGGAAGACAGUGGAAUCAGCAGAUUUUGUCGAGCAAAAAAAAAAAAAAAAAAAAAAAAAAAACCAUCGUAACCUGGGCGUGGUCCAGAGUAACUUCAGAGAAAUAUGCAACAUAGCAGCAUCGUGGUCUGACAAUGGUCUGUUGGAUGUGUUCAGUCCACGGGAUGCCACCAAGUCGUUCUCAAUGGACAAACUGCAGGAACAGCAUGGGAUGAUUUACGAGACGCAUAAGCACUCAGAAAAAAAAAAAAAAAAAAAAAAAAAAAAGUUAUUGCAGUCCACUUUUGAGGCGGUACAGAUAAGCCGUGCCUCUCCUGCCUGGCAGAGUUACAUCAAGUAUGUCAGUGGAGUCGUGAUGGAGGGACUCAAGAAAAAAAAAAAAAAAAAAAAAAAAAAAAAGUUGAACCAGAUUGUGUUUUCCAACAUGUCUAAAAAAAAAAAAAAAAAAAAAAAAAAAAUACCAAUACUGACUAUUCGCUUGGAGCUAAAAAAAAAAAAAAAAAAAAAAAAAAAAACACUUGAUGACAAGUCUGCCUCAUCCAGUGUCCAAAAAAAAAAAAAAAAAAAAAAAAAAAAUUUCCUUGGGCGUGGAGAUUUCGUGAGACCUAGCUACAAGGAAGUCAUUGCUGAUGAAAAAAAAAAAAAAAAAAAAAAAAAAAAAACCAAAGAUGUGGUAGAGCAAAACGCCUCCGAAAAAAAAAAAAAAAAAAAAAAAAAAAAAUAUGCGUUUCUAUGGAUGCAAGAUGUAAAAAAAAAAAAAAAAAAAAAAAAAAAAAGAAAUAUAGUGGCUCAUCCGCGGAAGAUGAACCGAUCUGAGCUCAUACGAUCCAGAGCAUCACAGACGUCAGAAAAAUCCAGGAAAGAAAGAGAAAGUGUCUUCCACGUUAAAUGAUCUUGAUUCCUUCCUGAAACGCAUUGAACCUGGAAUAGAGGCGAUUACGGGAGAAGAGCAAGACAUUCCUUCGUUUAUGCGUCUCAUGAGAGUUUUUAAUGAGGUGAGUACCCAGCAAGCAGAGAUGGACAGCAAGUUUGUAGCAAUGAAAAGAACCAUUACUCUGUUAGAAAAAUACGAUCAGAAACUUCCAGACAUGACUCAAAAGUUCUACGCUGCAGCACCACAAAGGUGGAAUAACUUGAAGAUGAAAGUAAAUCAAGCAAAACAACGCCUGGGACCAAGAAUACAGGCUGAAGCCUCUAGUGUCACACAGGAGCUUAGAGGAUUUGGUGAUCGAUGUGAAUCUCUGGCCAGAGAGUUUUCUGAUUCAGAGGCAUUCAAUAGAAAGUGUCCAAUUUACACUGCUUUCACCGUUAUGGACACGUUUGCCAGAAGGCUCGAGGUUAUGGAGAGCGAGGCGCAGGACCUGAUUGAGCUUCAAGAAUUGUUUGAAAAGACUGUUGUUAACUUCUCUGUUCUUCCCCGACUCCGCUCUGACUUGGAAUGUUUACGCGAGGUUUGGAACACGUGGCGGGCAGUGCAGGAACAACACACGGAAUGGAAACGAGGCCGUUGGCAGCGAAUCAACACAAAGCUUAUGAAGAAAGCCACUGAGGCGCAAAUUGAUGUCGUCACAGCUCUGCCGUUUGAGGCGCAUGGGUGGGACGUGUUUGUUGGCAUGCAUCAUGCUAUCCUUGAUAUCCAGGCUUGCCUACCAAUCAUUGAUGAUCUCAGUCGCUCAGCCAUGCGGCCUCGUCACUGGAAGCAACUGUUACGAGUAACAGGAGGAGCUGUGCAGAUCAGUAAUGAAGGACUGACGAGAAUGACCUUGGGACAGCUCCUGGAGCUGGGGCUACACAACCAUGCUGAAGAGGUUCGGUCCAUAAUUCAAAGGGCCGCAAAAGAUGUGGCUAUUGAGAGUUCACUGAAGACGUACGAGGAAGUCUGGCUGAGUAAGAUCUUUGAGCUCAGGGUGCACACCAGGAUGAAGGGCCCCUCAUCGGCUGCUGCAGGCACUCAAGAGACACCUGGCAGCGAGUUCGGUAAUGACUCUGAGAUGAACAUGCAUGCUCCCCGCGGUCUGUCCAGUCGAGUAUCAGUGACGAGUCACGGCAGCGGAGGAGGCUUCAGCGUCAAGGAUGGAGCUGGUGGAAGCCACAAGACAAGGAGGACGUCUAUUGCUGGAUCAGCUACUUUCUCUCACUCCCUCGUGAAUUUGACUCAGGACACAGGCCCAAUUUGUUUACUGGAUAAGUGUGAACCAGUUUUUGAAGAACUCGAGGAUCAUCAGGUGGCCCUUCAGAGCAUGCUCAGUGGUAGUGCCGCUGGCUCGUUUGCAGACGACAUCAUGAAAUGGCAGAAGCGACUGCAGACAAUAGAGGCUGUGUUGAGUGUUUGGCUUGAAGUACAGGAAAAGUGGAUAGAACUUGAGGAUGUCUUCUCCAGUUUGGAUCUUCGCAUUGCUAUGCCUCAUGAAACGAACCUGUUUUCUGCUGUGAAUCGCGACUUCAGAAUUUUGAUGAAGGUCACUGAGAAAAAUCCAAACGUGUUACAGGCGUGCUCAAGGAUAAACAUUCAAGCCAAACUAGAGAAGCUGAACAUGAAUCUUCAGCAGUGUUGGAAAUCUCUUUUAAAUCAUCUUGAACGACGUCGCCAGAAAUUUCCUCGCUUUUACUUCCUCUCUACUGAAGAUGUACUUCAUAUUGUAUGCAAUGGUUACGAUCCAGGCCUCGUAAAUCCAUAUUUGCCGAAAGUGUUGGAAAACCUUGGUGCCCUUGUUUACGAGGAGGUUGAAAACGAAGGACAAGUUUAUUUUAGUAUUACCGCUGUGGUCAGUUCUCAUGGAGAAAAACUCUCUCUCAAACAGUCCGUGCUAUGUGAAGGUGCAAUUGAUAACUGGCUCCCUGGCUUGAUCAGUUCCCUGAGGCAAACUCUCUUGGAUCAACUCACAUCAGUGCUUACUCCUGCCCAGCCGGAAAGUAACGAAGCCCAGCCUGACAACGCUGAGGGUGCAGCCCAGCCUGACGAGCCCCCACGGACGGCCGGAAGUAUGGGCAGAGUGGAGAGAUCGUUCACUCUGGACAAUUGUUCUGAAGUGGUUUUGUUGGCAACACAAAUUGAAUUGUGUAAAAAGAUUGAUAAAUCACUGAAACAGGUGGCAAGCGGCGAGAACAGAGAAGCCCUACGAGAAGUCUACGACAAGCUAACCACGAUUUUAGAAGCCACAGCAAUGAUGCUGAAAGGCGCCGACAAGGAAGGCAAGCCACAAGAAGCUGACGUUGAUUACGACAGUGGCGUGAAUAGUGAUGGUGACCCUGAGGAAGCAGCUAUGAAGGAGAUGAGUCGUAACACCAGUGCCAGUCAAGAUCGGCUUGGUACAGCUGUGGCACAAAACGACGAAGAAGUCUCGAACAUUUCCGGAGUGUCGCAGAAGCAGAAGGCACUACCUGAACCGGAUGAAGUAAAACCUCAAGGCGUGAACAACAAGAUGCUGCUAUUUCCAAGCCAGAUUCAGAAGAUUAGUAAUAUCAUCGCCAUGUUAUCACACAAGAGGAACUUGGUUCAAAGACUGAUCGAACAUAAACAAGAGUGGGAAGCACUCAAGAACCCAGUUGACACUUUUGAUUGGCAGUGUCACGCACGUUGCCGCUGGGAAGAAGAACAGCAGGCUUUCAAAGUCGACAUCUUAGACAUGGAAUUUGAUUACGGAUUCGAAUACCAGGGCACUACAUCGAGACUGGUUCUCAGUCCUCUUACGGAUAAGUGUUUUGUGGGUCUAGCUCAAGCAGUCAAGACUAGAAUGGUCGGAGUUUUUACGGGCGAGUUUGGAGCUGGAAAGACAGAAACAAUAACCGAACUGGCCAGGAUCCUAGGGAAUCCGCUGUACACAUUCAACUGCUCCGCGCCAAUGAACAGAAGCACUCUGAUCGACAUCUUCAGAGGUCUUGCCUGUUCUGGUGCUUGGAUUUGUCUUAAUAACAUCUCGACCAUUCAGCCACCCGUUUUGUCUGUUUUAACACAACUUGUGACAGUCGUUCUUGAUGGUUUGAAAGCAAGCAAGUCUACGGUUAUUCUUCACGACGAUGAGAUAGCACUAGUGCCGCAAGGCGCUUGCUUUGGGACAUUAAAUUACUCUGUCGACCAGCACAAAACGAAAUACGAUCCAUCAGUGGGUUUCUUUCCGUCCUUCAAGCCAUCCGCCACUUUUCUUCCUGUGGAUCUGUGGGAGAUGUUCCGUCCUGUGGAAUUUGUUGGCCCUGAUCUACAGGUCAUCAUUCAGGUAUGGCUCUUAAGCCAGGGCUUCACGCAGGUUUCCCCUCUGGCAUCCAAGAUUGUGACCCUAAGGAAUCUCUGUCUGCAACUACUUCCAAGCUCCUCUAAACCUCUCCCGGCAGAUCUCUGUUUAUGUCUUCAAAAGUGUGUCGGCUGGGGGGCUUAUGCUUUGAAAAGAAUGAUUGAAGAUGCAGGGUCUCAUCUUGGCACAACUUCUGAAGAGCUUCACGUGUUAGUCCCGGAAAGUAAAGGGCCCUCGAACGAAGAGGAAGAUGUUCCAGAACGUGCAGAGUCUCUGACUGAAGUUGCUACUACUGUGAAUGCACCACUCGAAGAACUCAGACAUGAUGAACUUCUGGCACCAGUGGAAAACCAGGAAGCAUCCGAUCUGCAAGACGUGCAAGAAAUGCUCAAACUCGAGGAGCAUGCUGUUGUGCUUGCCUUACGAGACACGUUCAUGCCGGGUUUGGACGGCAGUGAUGCUGUCAUGUUCGCCACUUUGUUGGCAGACCUGUUCCCCAAUGUUCAGGUUCCAAUGAUCUUUGAAAAUUACGGCUCACAAGGGACUACGAUGCAAAUGAAUGAGCAAGUGAGCAAUUUAGAGGAGAUUCCUGUGGUGUCUAAGACCGGUGAACCCGGUGCAGAUAAUUUAGAAGUGCUAAGUGAUAUGCAGUCUGCUAUAAAAGUGGCCACAGGCAAACUUGGUCUGCAACCUGGUGCCGCUUUUCAAGCCAGAGUGGCUCAAUUGGCGGAGCUUGUCAAAGCACAUAAGUUGGUGUGUAUAAGUGGACCGUGUGGAUGUGGUAAAACCGAGUGCAUCAGGACCUUGGGUGCAGCUCACAGAGAGAUGGGACACUUGGUUAAGACAGACAUAGUCUGCACAGAGGCUGUAGAGUCAGAAGAACUUUUUGGAUAUGUAGACCCUGAAACUAGAGAAUGGCGAGAUGGUGUCCUAACUGUGCUCUUAAGACGACAGGCUCAGCAAUUGCGUCUCCAGGAGACAGAAAGCAAAGCUGCGGGAAAGCCUCUGAUGAAAUGGCUUCACUUGGACGGGACGAUCGAUCCAUUGCAGAUGGAAUUGUUUGGUUCAGUGGUACAGAAUACAGGAACUGUAGUUAUUGGUAACAACGAACGAAUUAAAAUUCCAGAUGCUUUGCUUAUCGUUUGGGAGCUGGAAACUCUAGAGAAUCUUAGUCCAGCGGUACUCUCCUCCGUGGGCAUGCUCUGUAUGAACACUUCUGAUGUCAACUGGCCACUUUUGGUUGACCGUUGGCUCGCCAAGCGUUCUGAACGCGAGGCAGAUCAGUUACGAAACCUUUGUGAUCGCUAUAUCGGUCCAACUUUGGCGUACCUGGCUUCCAAAACAUCGGUCCCCCCUAUUUCAGGAGCACCACCAACGCAAAACAAACCGUCUAAGUUGCGUCACGUGGUACCUGUCAGCGAGAUGGGUAUGGUGAACACUCUGCUGUCUUUAGUAGAGGCACUAAUUUCAAACUGUUCAGACUUAAUGCCACCAGAGCUUGAGAAUUAUUUCUGCUAUUCUGCCAUGUGGGCCUUUGGUGGUACGUUAGUGGAAGAACAUCGUCCGUUUUUCAGUCAGUGGUGGAGAGAACAGUGGAAAGAUUAUGUGAUUCUCCCUGGCGACGAAGAGGUGUGGAAUUACUACGUGUUUCCCGAGACUCAAGAAUUUCUCAGCUGGGCUGACUCAGUUCCUCCGUACUCACAGACGGCAGCUGAAGGCAUCCCUAAUGAAGCAUAUGUUCACACAAUACAGAAUGAGCGUAUUUCUCACCUUGUUGGCUUGCUGAGCGAUGGCGGAAAACCGGUUUUACUGGUUGGAGAAGCCGGUUGCGGAAAGACAUCUAUCUUGCGUCAUCGACUCAAACAACAUGGCGGAGAUAUUGGGGAGGUUUUAAGUUUGACAGUGUUCUGUAACAAGUUCACUACAUCUAGAAGCUUGUGGAAAGAACUGUCAUCUUGCCUGGAAUGGAAACACGCCAGAACUUUCGUACCGAAAGGAAACAAGAGAUUAACUUGUUUGAUCGACGAUCUUAAUCUGAGCGGAGCAAACAAUUUUGGUGCCCAGACCGCUCAGCAGUUAGUUCGCCAACACAUUGAUCAUGGCGGCGUUAUUGACCCAGAAACCCACCAAUGGCGGGAAAUACAUGACGUCACUUACCUGUCAUCGUACAAUCCACAAACUCCGCCCACCACAGCUCGACUAAACAGGCGACUGUUACGCCACUUUUCGCUUUUCAACGUCACGUUUCCUAACCAAGAUGAAUUGCACCAUAUCUACACUCAACAGCUUGAGAAACACUUUAUCAUUCACGUAACUCAGUCUCAGCACACAGCCAAUGAUAACGCAUCACAGGAGACUUCUGAAGGUCACUCUCAACGCCAUGGGUCUGGUGACCACGACAAGGCCAUCCGGGAUCUACUGUCAGAUGUUAGUCACGUAACUGUAGAGCUCCAGGAUCACUUGCGAGGCAUGUUCCUGCCCACAUCACAGAGAUGUCACUACAUGUUUACCAUGACAGAUUUGACUAUGGUGUUCAGGAACCUUUGCCUGACACUGCGCCCGGGUUGUGCCUCUCAAGACCUUUUGUUACUAUGGAAACAUGAAUGUGACUGGAUCUAUGGCCGCCGGUUGAUUGACUCAGUUGACAAGGAGAGAUUCCAACAGGCAUUCCUGAACGCUGCUAAGAAACGCUUUACCGAGGACGAACAGCUGUCAAUUGUGACCAACUCCACCCCUUUCUUCACGAACCUGGUGGACUCUGAAGAAAGCACGGGUGAAGUAAUCGGUGCUGGGUCGUCGGAGGGCACCGAAGAUGACGUACAUUUAUCAUAUAGAAACGUCACCGAUAUGCUGAAGGUUCAAGCUGUGUUGGAGCACGGAAUUGAAGAGUACAAUAAGGACUUUCCAAGACUUAAGAUCACUCUUUAUGAGGAUGUUAUGGAAACCAUCUGCCGUCUUGUAAGGGUUCUCCAAAGCCCCCAUGAAUGUGGCCACGCCCUACUAAUAUCACAGGGGUCUCCCGGUAUGAGUACAAACCUAGCCCAGCUUGCAGCUCACCUGUGCGGUUACUCUGUGUUCAGAAUCAACUCCUCAGCGCUCACGGCCUCUGAAAGAUACACACUGGACAGUUUUAAGGCAGAUUUGGUGUCGGCCUACACAAGGGCAGGUGUCAAGGGUGAACAUUUAAUGCUGUUAUUACCGGAGUCAGAUUUGACUGACGAAGACUUUCUUGUUUAUGUAAGCGAGUUCCUAGUGUCCUCCUCCAUAUCGCAUCUUUUUAGCGAGGAAGAACAGACAUCAGUGAUCAACGCUGUCAGAACUGAAGUCACGCAGGCCGGUCUGGCGUACACACGAGAUGUUGCAUGGGAUUUCUUCCUCAAGACCGUUAGAGAAAACCUCCGUGUUGUUCUGACUGUAUCGUCACUUGGACCAAAGUUUCAGAAGCGCUGCCGUGAUUUUCCCUCCUUAAUGAACACAGUGUCCAUCAUCCUCUUACCCCACUGGUCCAAGGAAGCGUUGGUGACGCAUGCGUAUCAUGUCCUCAAAGAUGUCGAGACUUUCUCACCAGUGCAGACAGAAAAUCUUGCCCAUUUACUGGCUUCCAUGCACCUGUCCAUAAAACAACAGGAUUCUGGCGAAGAACAAUGUGGAACGUACGGACACAUUACCAAUACGGGCUUUGAAGUCUUCGUGGAAAGGUUCACAUGCUUGAUCAAAAAGCGCCAACAAGCCUUAAGAAGCGAACAUGAACAAAUGGAAGCAGCUCUUCAAACUAUCGAGCGAGGAACACAGCUGGCCGAACAACUGAAGACACAGCUUGGGCACGAAAAGAUGGUGCUUGAACAGAAGAAAGAGGGCAAUCUUCAGUUAUUGCUACAGAUUGGUCAGGACAAAGCGAUAGCUGAGGAACAAGUAAGACUCGUGAGUAGACAGCAAGAGAGAAUACAGAAACUAAACAAGGCUCUUCCUGAAUACCAGAUAGCGCACGAACGAGCAGUGUUCAAGGCAGCCGCUGUCGUGUCUGAUACCAAGAGAGUGUUAAAGAUCCUCGAUGGACAGGGACUGGCAGAAUUGCGGGCCCUGCAGAAACCAGAUAAUGAAAUUGAAGAUCUCUUAGCUGCAAUCAUCAUUAUUGUUAAGUCGCCAUCAUCUGACUUGACCUGGAACAAGGGAGCUAAGCGUCUCAUGGCCAAUUUAGACAGGUUUCGAGAGGAACUUGGUGUGUUUGACGAGAUGGAACUUACGCCGAGCACGCUGGAAGUCGUAGAACCAUACCUAAAGAAACCACACUUCAGUGGCGAUUACCUCGAGAGGAAAACCAGCAACCCAGCAGUGGGCUCCUUGCUACAGUGGGUCAGAGGAGUGUUCAGAUAUCAUCGCAUGAUGCAGUUUAAAGUGAAACCCCUUCACGCCAAAGUGUCUGAGACGUCCUCUGCAGUGGAGCUCGCUGUUGGUAGAUUGUCCUCCAUGGAGAGUAAACUGAUGGAUCUGGAAGAACGCCUAAGAUCUCUGGCCUUAGCAUACGAGGAGGCUUCCAUUGACAAGUGUCGGCAAUUCGAGCUUACAGAGACUUUGGACUCGCAGCUGUCCCAAGCAGCUUACUUUGAAGAGGUGCUUUCAAGUGGUCGCCAAAAGUGGUUGCAGCUCCUCGAAUCCAUCAGCACCCGUAAAGCGGCUGUCGCAGGUGGUGUGGCCAUGGCAGCUGCGUUCGCAACCUACUUAGGUCCCUACUCGUUCAAUUUCCGCCGAGAUAUGUUGACAGUGCACUGGCCCCAGUGUUUGGAUGAGCGCGGUGUGAUGUUGGUGGUGGAGAGCUCUGGUCCGCACGGCAGUGCAGAGGUGUUCAUGAUGGAGCAGUUACGGACUGUUCGGAGCGCUAAAUUGACUGAAAGCGAACAGGAAACAACUGAAGCACAGUUGGAAACAGUUGCAGCACAGUUGGAAACAGUUACAGCACAGCUGGAAACAGUUGCAGCACAGCCAGAGGAAAAUCCGAAUGAAGAAGAAGGAAAGGAUCAGGAGAUUGAAGCUGCGAAUACAAACGACACUCAACCAGAAGGCGACAAUGAAAGACUGCACAGCGCAGAAAUAGAAAAGCAAGACGUGGAACAAAGCGAGAAAGAGGAUAACGGUCCACCAGCGGAAAAAGAAGGCGAAUCCGAAGAGUACAUGAUGUCUAUUGGUAGAGAUCAAGCUUUGCGUCAAACAAAAUUGACAGAAUACGAUUCCUUUGUUUUAGCUGUACUCAAGCUUCUUUUGGGCGAAAAUCACGUGCGGAGGCUCGUCACCAAAGGAAUGGGUCCAAGAAAGAUUGAGAACGCAGUCUUGUCAAAGUCGUCAUGGCAACGUGUCCCUCUGCUUGUGGACCCUUACGAUAAGGGACUUGAACUGAUUAGGAUCAUCGAAGAUGGAGAGAACUUGCUGGAGAUUGAUUUGGCGGAGAGUGAUCCUUCUGCGAUUCUGAAGAUUGAAAAAGCGAUAACAAGUGGUACAGCUCUGGUGUUGUACAAUAUCGAUGGCGAUAUUGACUCGCUGUUCAUGCCUCUUAUUUACCACAUCACCACAUCCAUUAGUGAAGAGACUGAAAAAGCUUUCCAAAUGGUAAAGUUCGGUUCCCGUCGCGUCAUGUGUCACCCGGAGUUCCGCUUGUACCUGGUAUCCAGAUCCUCUCGACCGGCCUUCAGCACAGAAGUGUCUUCGAUCACGACUAUGGUGAACUUGCGCUUGGACGGGGAGGCUUUGGCUGAGGAGAUCCAGAUCGAGGCUUUUCACCGCGUGCAGCCUGAACUGUACGUAGAGAGCCGCAAAAGCUUGAUGUUAAUGAUGGAGCUGUUGAGGCUACUGGAGAACAUCGAUAGCAAGUUGAUGGGACUAGUCACAGCGCGGCAAGGGACAGACAUCUGGGAAGAAACUGAGGUCAUAGCUGAGCUUGUCAAAUCUAGGAGUGAGGUUGCUAAACGUUUGACCCACACCUUGAACAACUUUAAUAGACUGAAGAGCCUGCGCGAACUUUUCCAACCACUGGCCAAGCGCGCGGUGAUGAUGUUCUCCUUGUUGAGCUCCCUGUCCAGUGUACAGCACGAGUAUCGCUUUUCCCUGGGGUAUUUCCUGUCCCUGUUCCGGUCGGCAAUCGGACGAGAUGUGGAGCCAUCCAAGGAGAAACUUGAAUACGAGUCGGACGGUGAAGAAACCAAAGAAACCAGGAAAGAAUCACGAACUACUAUAUUAAUCAAGGCCGUUGAAGAGGAAGAAACGAACACAGUUGUUGUUGCCCAGGGUGAAGGAGAGCAAAGUUCUUCUCGUAAGAGAUCUCGGAAGCGAAUGUCUGUUGUCCUUCCAGCGGAAGUACAGCUGCCAUCUCCUGGCGUGGACUACACAGCACUCAGUUCCGAACAGAGUGAUCAGCUCACGGACUCGCUUAGUCAGUCAUUUUACCGCCAUGUCAGCAGGAGCAUAGACCAACAUCACCGUCUGUUGUUCGCCUCUUUGCUCACUCUCUACAAAAUGGAAAAACGUGCUGAGAGCGGAACAACACAACUAGAAAUCUCAUUCCUACUCUCAGGCACGAUUCCUUCCUCAAUCCCCGCAUUGUCAGACUUCGAUCCCACUCUCCUUCAGCCGAGCUGGAUCACGCAAGAGACUUGGGAGCUGGUUCUUGCCGUUUCUAGUUUUAAGGGUCCUUUGGACGGUAUCUGUACUCACAUUGCAUCUAAGCCUGGCCCAUGGAAGGACUGGUACGAAAGCGAGCGGCCUGAGACGAGGCAGCUGCCUGUAGAAACUGAAGCCACAGACGACACCACAACCUUGAGUGCAAUUCAUAAACUGUUAAUGAUUCGCUGCUUGCGACCUGACAGAUUCGAGCGGGCUAUGCGAAUGCUUGUGGAGGAUGAAGUUGGAGACUUGAUGGAGAGAACUCUUCCGGAGUUUGAUGAAGUGCUGUCCGGUAUUAAGCACUCGAUUCCAGUUUUUGUGCUAAUGCCAGACCAUACGACCGUGAACACGCCGUUCAUGAUUUCUCCAGUCGACAGCAUACGGCGAAUGGCUGAGGCUCACAAUGUGCAGUGUCAGCAGAUAUCUGUGGGACACAGACAGGAAGAAAGCAUUGACGUUGCCUUAGCAACCGCCGUCCGGACUGACUCGUGGUUGGUGAUCGAGAACCUUCAACUGGCUUCCCGUCACUGGCUUGAGCAAUUGUACAAUCGUCUGUCCAGACUUCAGUUACGAGCAGAGACAUCGUCCGCUCUUUCCCAAUGGCGUGUUUUCCUGCUUUGUGAGCCCGCGGAUCACUUACCAGUAGGACUUCUGUUGUUCUCGCACCAGUUGGCCUGGGACGUGGUGCAAAGAGAAGUUCCUGUAUAUCAGCCUCUAGAAUCUACGGACCUGAACUUGAAAAAUGUCAUCACUUCCACACUUAAGGCUGUUCCUCAGUCCUAUUGGAAACAAGCUCGUGACCAGUUCCUCGCAGUUCGUUCAACUCUGUUUGGUCUGUGCGUCAAUCACAGCGCUCUGCUUAUGCGCCAUCAGCUGGGAACGCGAGCAUCCAGCUGUCGAUAUCCAGUUUCUACACGUGAUUUACUGACGUCAUUUGAGAUGGUGAUCGGCUGGGCCAAAAAGGCAGAGGGCUUAGGAGCGUCACAGUCCAAGGCGCUUUCAGAUGUUAUUGCCAGGGGAAUUUAUGGCGGGAAAAUUACAGACUCGUGGGAUCGUCGUUUCGUGGAAAUCCUGACACGGCAAGUGAUAAGCGAGACUGCCCUGCAACAGCGCUCUUCGCUUACCCUCGGUUCGAUAAGCUUACCAGUGCCACCGACUAAUGUGGACCCGGCCGAAUAUGGCAAAUGGUUUAGAGAGAAGACUGGGUCAGAGGACGCAGAUGUAAGCGUCGUGAAGGCCCUGGGGCUGAAUAUCAGUGUAGAACGGGAAUACAAUGAAGCGCGUGCCUCGGAAUUUAUUCGCAAAUUGGACAAGCUGUACAGAGACAUCAACAACACCACUGCGCUUUUUCUGGAAUCCUCAUUGGACAGCAAAGUCGACAUGGCUUGCUUGCGUGCUUCAAUGAACAUGUGUCUUGAACAGCUCCCGACGUUAUUAAAGAUAGAAGGCGAGGGAGCCAUGCCCGUCACUCAGCUUCUUCCGCGCGUGCUAUCUCAAAUGCGAGCCUUGUCAGUAUACUCAGAGUCAGGAAGUAGUAUCGGGAGCGACGAACAUUUAUCAGAGUCUAUGAGCUACCUAUUACAAAAGGAAUGCCAGUGGUUUAACUGCCUUCUCUAUCACAUUCGACACUCUCUGCAAAUUCUGGAGCAGUGUGUGUUAGGAGGGUCUCCAGCAAUCCCACCAUACUUAACGCGCAUCGUUGAUGCGCUUCAACAGGACAUGGUGCCCAGUGACUGGUUGCAUCCGCAUGCUCAGCCCUCCCCCCACAGUUUAACAUCCUGGCUCAAAGACUUUAAUCGUCGUCAUAAGCAGCUUAGUGAAUGGGUGCGACGUGGCGUUAUUCCAAAUCCAAACUCGGAGCCCUUGGUAGGGCGUGGCCAGCUGACCUCCGUUUGGCUUGGUGGCCUGGCCAAUCCUGGAGCAUUGAUAACGUCAUUAAAACACGAGAAGGCUGCAAUGGUUGGAUGUACCGUGGACGAGGUGGAACUUCGUUGUUCCUUGGCGAAGUCCUACAUGUCACGUGACAGCAGGAAAGAUGAGACCGAGCAAGGCCUGGUCAUCAAUGGGCUGUACAUUGAGGGGGCGUCUCUGGACCUCGAUACAGAGUGCCUCGUAGAAGCAACGUCGGCAAUUUCAUCACUACCAGACCUCUUCGUGUCCGCUGUUAUACCUGAGGAAGAGGAGGAACCUGGAUCGGAUAAGAGGAGCGAAGCUGAAAAUUUGGAAAUCUACCACUGCCCAGUGUUUAUGAAUAGGGCUCGGCAGUGCUGUUCAGUUACUUUACCCAUUAAAUGUUCCCAGACCGCGGAACACUGGAUCCUAGCUGGAGUCGCCAUCGUACUAGAUCCAGGCAACUCAACAAGCUCUUGGAAACUGGUACCGAGCAGUACUAAACCUGAGUGAUUUCCAGAAUACUUAAGCAUUGGCUUAAUGUUCCUUAACGCUUAUCUGUAAAUUAUUUAAGAUUGCUUUAGUCUUCACGAGGACAGUUUAAAUGGUGUGCGGUAUGACUUUUCUCCGUCACGUUGUAAAUAUUCUUACAACCUCUUACGCGAAAACAAGCGUUUUUGAAAAUCUUUCUAUGUAUAUAUCCUUUUUGAUCUAAGAAAAAGUUCAACCUGUUCCUUAGCAUUUUUACCGAUUCUCAAAGUUGUUGCAAUUGGAGAAGCAUUUGAUGCGCACAAUAAUAUGUGUUCAAACGUGAAUUUUUCGAAAUAUGUUUCAAAUUGCAAUACACGGAAUGAUACGAGAAAAAAACUGUUCGAGUCGAACCGUUCCAAUGUCGCAGAAAAGGUUGAUAAAAAGAUUUGUCCAUUAUGUAUUCGCUUUGUGUCACCUAAUUUAGUAAUGUCAAGCCAUCAUGAAUCGACGUAACAAGUUCAGACGUUUUUUGCUACAACCGAGCACUUCACGAACGUUGCCGUUUAAAGGAAGACUGAGGCACACUCUUCUUUGUACCAAGCAAAAUUAAGAUAUCAAAUAUUCUGUUUUUGAAUCUACUCCAAAAAUUUCUCUUUACGGUAAGGAUGUUUACUUGAGAGUGUUUUUCUCGCAUACUUUCCCUUGCGAUAUUCUAUAUCGGACGUCCAUAGUUAUAUAUUGUUCGUUAAAGCACGACAUUGUUAUGACAUGGACAUUAAGUUAUUUUUCUAAAUAAAGAAGUUUGCAGUUUUGAAAAUUUC